CGUAAUGAAUGGCUCGUUACGAUGAAGUGCACGCUUGAUUUUUCCAUCGUUUUGGUAUUCGUGCUCGUUUGGCAGACUUCAGAAUGCCUAGAAUGCUUCAGCUGCAAGAAUAUAACUGAUCCACAGACAUGCAACUCGAGGAUGCAGUGCAGAGCUGGGGAGAACUGCUUUCUUCAAGAGACGAGCUCAUCACCUCACGUGACCUUUGAUAUGGGAUGUCAAAGUAACCAGCUCUGCAGCAAUGGCGGUGUUGGUCCAAGCUCCGUUGUAGGUCGUUCCCUCUACACACGUCAACAACUUGCCUGCCAUGAAUGCUGCUCCUCAAAUGGCUGUAAUGAGCAACUGUGUCUCCACAAAAAACCUUCUACAUGUAUCGACGACACUUCGGUUGACUGUGCUCGACUGAACACCGUGUUGAAUGUCUGCGCUGAUGUGAACCACGCAAAAUCUGUCUGUCCAAAGUUUUGUGGACUGUGUAACUUAGUCGACGGAAACUGGGCCGCCUGGAGUUCUUGGUCGAGUUGUGACGUCACGUGCAACAACGGAACUCAAAUCAGAACACGCACCUGCACGAAUCCAGUUCCCCAAAAUGGCGGCCUUGAAUGUCAGGGUUCAAACAACCAGAUCAUUGUCUGUGUCAACCAGCUAUGUCCAGUACAUGGUGGGUGGGCGCGGUGGUCUGGUUGGAGCAGCUGCUCAGUCACGUGUGACACCGGCCUUUCCAAGAGGACCCGCUCCUGCACCAACCCAAUACCAGACAGGUUCGGCGACAAUUGCUUUGGAGAUUCUCAGGAUUAUCGCGUCUGUAUGGAUACAUCCUGUUCAAGUUGGACUUCGUGGAACGCAUGGGGCGACUGUUCGGUGACCUGUGGUCUUGGGGAGCGGACAAGGAACCGGACAUGUGUCCACCCUUCAUCCUCUCCAUACGGGCGCCCAUGCAUUGGCAACCAUCACCAGACAAAGCCGUGUCGAAAUCAAACUUGCGAGAUGGUUUUGUUUAACUUCUACGGAUACAGCAUGACAAGUACCAGGAUGAGAUUUCUUUAUGAAGUCGAGAACUUGGGCAACGCUUACGAUUCAUAUACGGGAUACUUCGUCGCGCCAGUUGCAGGGAACUACUUCUUUUCUUACCAAAUUUGCUUCUUAGCUGAGGGAUAUGACUAUUAUCUAUACAAGGCUAACAAAAAUCUUGGAUCGAAGACUGAAAUAACUAGAGUAAAACAUUAUAGUUACAAUCUGCAAGAUUGUUCUUCUACCACCGUUCUUGCAAGUCUGCAGCAAGAGGAUCAUGUUUGGGUACAGGCAUCUACUUCCCCUAUAGCCAACGUUGAUAGUACAAGUGAGAGGACAACCUUCAGUGGAGGACUUCUAACAUUAGAGUAGCUUUCGUCUUAAGGCAUACUUUUGUUAUGUUUCGUGCCUCUAGAAUUACCAUUUAAUGACGGAAUAAACUAGCUCAAUGAAA